GCAACUCUGAAUAUUUGUAAAUUAAAGUCUCCAAUAUUGUUUCACUAUGUAUAGGGCACAUUAUGGAGAAUGACACACAUGUCAGCUGGAAACUCACAAUAGAGUUUGUUUUCACGUCGAUAUAAAUUCUUUUGCUGAAUUUACACAGAAAACAAAAAGUAAAAUUGUUGGAUGGUAAGAUAUAUAGAAACUCGGUGGCUGGUACAAAAGUGCACAUCAAAUUAAACAAAAGUAUAUUAAUACUCCUAUGGAAUACCAUCCAUUGAUGUGCAAAAUACUUAACUUGAUCGAUCGAAAGGCAUGGGAAGUUAUGCGAAAGCUCGCGUAUGCAAGAGUUUGAUUCGUCAGCAGAAAAAAUUUUUUAUUGAGGAAGCGGAAAAACAGCGUGAGUGGGAAACCAAGAUGUUAGAAGAGCAGCUUAAUGAAAAUAUGGUGCGCAGUAGCAAUGAGGCGAUAUUAGGAAGCUCAACAGCAUCCAAGUACCCCUAUUAUUAUUACAUACAUAAUGUAUUUAAAAAUAUUAACACUCUGCAAAUUGCAUUUUUGCCGUUUGAAAGACUCAAUUCGCCACUAAAUGAUUUUGUACUAUUGUGAAUUUUUUUUAGAGUCAGUUCCAUCUUAAUUUUUGAGGCAUAGAAAGCAAUUUCUUAUCUUUUAUAUAUUUGGGAUUAUAUUAAGAAAUACUUUAUAGGAACUUAAGUGCGAUAUAAUAUUUUAAGCUAAAGUUGUAGAUAUUUAAUGUAAAUAACUUAUAUCACCCUGACCCAGUACUUCUGUUCGCAAGAAUAAUUCAUCAAGAGUUAUUUAACAAAGCCGGGGUACUUUUGCGUCCUCUAUGCGUUAUUAGGUAUUCGUUUUACCAAAUAACAGCUUUUACUAAUUUCUUCGUCAAUUUAAAUUUAAAUAAAGCAAUUAGAGAGCUAUGGAUUACGAAGAUGGUCCAGCACCGCUAAAUCCGUCUACUGCGGACUUAGAUACUGACAAUAAUGAUGAAAAAAGCGGCAAACAACGACGCUACUGGAACACAAAGGAGGAGGAACGUUUCUUUGAAAUAUGGGGACGCGAUAAUUGGAAAUUGACAAAACAUGGUAAAAAUACAUUACAUUUUGCAGAAUGGUCACUCGAACUAAAAACCCGUUACGAUAUUGAUGUGAAGCCUGAGGAGAUUCAAGCGAAAGUUAACCAAACGCGUGCUAAGUACAGUUACAUUUUAAGGCAAGUGAAGAAGCAAAUGGACAAAGAUGAUGUUAAGAAAGAUGCACGUUGGAAAAAAUUUGAUAUAAUAACACAAAUAUUAAGCAAUCAAUUUCGGACAAAAGAUGCUGAGCCGAUUCCUCCAGAAGCUUUAGAAAAUAAUAGAGAUUUUGUUAAAAAGAGGAAAUCCGCAGGUUCAUCACCCUUAACAAAUUCUGGUGAAACUAGUAAAACUAAUGGAGAUGACGCCACACCGGUAGAUCCCAAAACGACAGAAAUAAAUAUGUUCGAUAAUAGUAAUGCCUCUAACUAUAAUACAGAAUUAUUUACGGAUCCAGACGAUACAUUAAAACGUACUUAUGAUGAUUAUAGUUAUCCAUAUAACAACCAAUCUAACUAUGCAAACGAAACAGAAAGUCCACAGUUACAUCAACUACAAACACCACAACAGCAGCAACAGAUGUAUACAACACCAUAUAAUACACCAAGCAAUGAACAGCUUGCGCAUCCCCAACAGCAUUUGGAUGCACAUAUACAGCAAUUACAACAACAACAGCAACAACAGCAGCAACAACAACAACAACAAGCCAUUGUUAAUAGUGGUAUUCAAAACAAUUUUGCUGGCACAACAUACGGCAGUCAGCCAUACAAUAGCAAUAAUAAUUUUAGUAUCACCAAUGAUGUGAAUAAUACAAAUAAUAACAUGUUACCUCCACCGCGGACGGUGCAAAUUCGUAAACGACGACAGUCUGUAGCUAUUCCAGCAGCUGUGGACAAAGGAAGUAAUGAAUCUUUUGAAAAUCUUUAUAUGGCUGAAAUUAAGAAGCGUAACGAGAUAAUGUCUGACACGCGCGAUAUACAAGAAAAGAUGAUGGUUUUGGAAAAUCGGAAAUUAGAAUUAUUAUCUGAAUAUCUUCCAAAGAUUUGCGAAAUGGCAGAGAAACUGAUGGAAAGGGCCUUCAAAUAGUUUUCGUUGAAAAACUUCAUUUUUUACUUUAGUUUAUUUAGUUUCAGUGUAGUGGUAUUACUUGCACAAUCUUCAAAACAAACUUUAAACGAAAAUGAGACUUCAAUUUUAAUUAAUUUGCAAAUAGUUUAAAUGUUUGUGAUAUGUUGUUAGUUUUUCUGACAUGUUAAAUUAAAAAAAUAUCUGCAUUGCUUCUUGCUAAACUGUUCAAGUAUGCACAGUGAAAACUCUCUUGAGCAGUAAAUCGUAAUCAGCCAAUUCUUGUCCGUUUAAGAGGAGUGUUCGGUUAAAAGAGUGGUGAAUUUGUUUUAAGUAAUUAAUAUUGAAAUGAAAUAUUUUGAGUU